GCCUGCGCACUAAAAACUAGGUGAAGUACUCGAACUCGCAAAGAACUUUUCCAAACAGUUUAUCUGCGCUUUGCGAGUCCUCUCUCGCAAAAAAACCGACACCGGCCAGUUUGUUUUAGGGGUGGCGUAAAACGGAUAAGUGAAGAAAUCAGAUGCAGUGACGUUGCAUAUCCUAUGUUUCACAGGAAGAAGUUGAACUUUUCUGCAACGCUAUAAAUUGGAUCAUGUUGCGCCAGACCGGGGGACACAGCGCUGUUGUUUUGAACUUGACAUUGCUUUGAUGUCACUUCACAUAAGAAAACGCCAUUCACGUCGGUUUUAGGCACACUUUUAUUUUAUACUGCGGAUGCAAAACUCGUCGUCAUGACAAAGGAAACUCUCUGGACCGUGGCAACCACGGCGAUGCUUUUUUUCUGUUUAUGCUUUUCAACUUUUAAAGCAGAAACCGCUUCUUGUCACGGAGCCUACGACCUUUACUUUGUUUUGGACCGAUCUGGGAGCGUUUCGACCGACUGGAGUCAGAUCUAUGAUUUCGUCAAGAAUCUUACAGAGAAAUUUGUGAGUCCAAAUAUGCGAGUCUCCUUCAUAGUGUUUUCAUCGAAAGCAGAGAUUGUGUUAAAGCUCACUGGAGACAGAGGAGAAAUAAAUGAGGGACUGAGACAUUUAAGUAAAAUCAACCCAGCAGGAGAAACCUACAUGCAUGAAGGAAUUAAACAGGCUACUGCACAAAUGAAAGAACAGGUUAAAAAGUCCUCUAGUAUCAUUGUGGCUUUGACUGAUGGAAAGCUUGAACCAUAUAUCCAUCAGCUCACUAAGGAGGAGGCUGAUGUAGCAAGGACGUAUGGGGCUCGUGUGUACUGUGUUGGUGUAAAGGACUUUGAUGAAGAACAGCUCGCCGAUGUGGCUGAUACCAGGGAGCAAGUGUUCCCAGUCAAAGGAGGCUUUCAAGCUCUCAAAGGCAUUGUUAACUCGAUCCUCAAGCAAUCAUGCACGGAGAUUCUAACAGUGGAGCCGUCCAGCGUCUGUGUGAACGAGACCUUUGACAUUGUUUUGAGAGGUAACGGGUUCACGCUGGGGAGGCAAACAGAAGGAGUACUCUGCAGUUUCAUAGUGGAUGGAGUUACUCACAAAGUGAAGCCAAGCAAGGUGAGGAAUGACUAUGUCCUGUGUCCUGCUCCAGUGCUGUAUUCAGUGGGACAACAAAUGGAGGUUCUGAUCAGUUUGAACGGUGGCACAUCGUAUAUCACCAGUGCUUUCACCAUCACUGCUUCCACAUGUUCAGACGGCACAGUGGUGGCCAUUGUGUUCUUGGUGCUCCUUGUCCUGUUGGCUUUGGCUCUGAUGUGGUGGUUCUGGCCUCUCUGCUGCACUAUCGUUAUUAAAGACCCACCCCCUCAAAGGCCUCCUCCACCUCCACCUGUGCCAGAGCCUGACCCUUUACCCAAGAAGAAGUGGCCAACUGUGGAUGCAUCUUAUUAUGGGGGACGAGGAGCUGGAGGAAUCAAACGCAUGGAGGUCCGUUGGGGAGAGAAAGGGUCCACAGAGGAGGGUGCACGGCUGGAGAAGGCCAAGAAUGCAGUGGUGUCAAUACAAGAGGAGACAGAAGAACCCAUGAUCAAAAAGCCAUCUGCACCCCCACCCACAUGCCAUCGAUCUGAAUCCAAAUGGUAUACUCCAAUCAGGGGUCGACUUGAGGCACUGUGGGCACUUCUGCGGCGACAAUAUGAUCGAGUUUCACUCAUGCGCCCAACUACCGCAGAUAAGGGACGCUGUAUGAAUUUCAGUCGGGUGCAGCAUCAACAGACGACAGCAUCCCGUCUCUGAAAUACUUUGACUUCCAAGGAUAUCAGAUGGAACGACAGAAAAAAGUGUAAUUUCCUCAACAUGACAUAGCUUAUCAUUGGCCACUUUAGAGUAUCUUGUUUCAGCGCUUACAAGUAUUGGCUUUCCAAAACUUAUAAUUCUGUUAUCUCUCAAGCUACUGAAAAGCAAGCGGAUGACUAAAUAGAUUUACACAAAAAAAAAAAAAAAGUGUCUGAUUUUUCAGCUGAUCUGGUUAGCUUUAAUGCACAGCAAAGGCUUUUUCAUGUUCUGACCAUAUUGUGCCUUCUGUGGAGGAAAAAAAAAACUAAUCUUAUGGACACAGACGGAGGCUAUUUCAAAAAAAAAAAAAAAAAAGCAGAAUGAGAUGAGGCUCUUUGCCGUUGGCUGAGAAGUAGAACUAAUCCCAGUAGGCUCAUGGAGUGCAGAAGUACUUUGCCUCUUGGCAAUGUCUCUUCACAAAAAUCUCUCCGAUCCCGCUAUCGUCGGAUGCCUAGCGGGGCUUCUUUGACUGGAGAUCUUGUCAUUUUAACACUGAGAAGUGCACACGCAUGACAAAUUGUAGACAGAACGCCCUAAGGUAUUGGGCGCAGUAAGACUUUGCCCUUUAGUUUGUGAAGACACCUUUCUAUCAAUGCGAGGACAGCGCAGAGAAAUUAAUAGAGCGUUAUUGCACCGCAAGACACCCUGUGACCAAAGCUCUCCGGCAAGGUUUUGAGGGACAGAUUUACCUCUGGUGGUUGCUGCACGCUCCCCAUUUAUUUGCCAGUCUGUUCUGUGCUCACUAACGCAUAGACCUUCACGAUUCGGAAACGUGCCCCUCGGUUAAAGGAUUUAACACGUCAAUACAGCUGCUGUCCGCCCACUGGAUGUCCAAAAAUGUUGUCUCUGCACAGGAGUAUCAAACUUUGAUUGAUCUCGGGGCAACUUUACAGAUGUAUCUUUAGAGAGGUUUAGAGACAUUUUCUGAGUUCCUCAGCUGUGCUAAUGUGACGCCCUCAUCCGAUAUACUCGGAAGAUCAAACCGAAAGGGGCGACGGACGGAUGAGUAUUGUUCAUUUCCAGAAAUUAUCCACGUCGCGCUCCCCCCCUCCGCUCGCGCACAGAAAAGCGAGCAAUAUAUAUUUAUUUUAGAUUUCUUUAACGCGCUGUCACGACGACGAUCGCGAAUGAUGUCAGUGUCAGUGGAAACACUGUGGGGGAGGAAGGGGGCGGCAGCUGAAGAAAAAGGCUCGAACGAUCCAGUCACUUUCGAUACGCUACUUCAGAUGCAAAAUGGAUAUUCGAGUCGAAAUCUGACAAAGCGUGCCGGCUUUGACGGGAAGUGGUAUAGACAAUGACCAGUGGCUGGGUCAGUGGGAUGUCUCGGUGCAAGCAGGGAAGCUUAUCAAAUGACACUAAAAAUAAGUUCAACAACCAUCAAGUUUGAGGGGGGGAACAGAAUGGGGCGCAGCGCCUCACAUUCGGUGGGCAUGCAAGUGUGCAAGAUGGCAGGACUGUUGGCAGGCCCUUGUUUAAUUAUUUCUUUGUUUCUAUCGUCGUAAUUAAAGGGAUGUUAAUUAUUGCUCCCCUCCGCCCCCUCCGCCCCCUCCGCCCAAAAAAAAGCACAGAACGCAUAUAUAAAGUUAAAACAUUUCAAAUCAUUCCUAUAAGUUAAGCUAAUGCACUUCUUGUUUGCCUUAUUUUUUUAUGUAUAUUUCUUAUGUCACAAAUCACAGGAGUUUUAAGUCAUUUAAGUGUUAGUACAAGUUUAAUUAGGUUUUGACAUGUUAGUUGCAACAAUAUCUUUACUAGCUCCUUACACCUGAACAUCACCAGAACACAGCUGCUUUGCUUUCUCUUUAUUAUUGUUUUUGCUUGUUUUAUUUACCUUUUAUUUUUAUGUUUUUAUGCAUUUUACAUUGUUGUAUUUAUAUUUUCACUUCAUUUGUGGUUGUGUAUUUUUAUAUAUUUUAUAAGGCCCUUUAAUGGUUGUGGAAAGAAACUGAUUGUAAACCUUUCGUAUUUGUGUAGCAAAUUGGGUUUAUUUUUUGCAAUGUUGAAUUAAGCGUACCAGCUACAAAAAUAAUAUUAACAAUUUUUGUUAAAAAAAAAAAGAAUAAUGUUAAAAAAAAAAGCUGAU